AUUUUCUUUUGACGUGUAUAUCAUUUCAGCGCGACAAAUUGUUGCUUUUAUUUCUGAAAUUUGGUUCAAAAUAUCUAAUAAAUAUAUGCAUAAAAAUAUCUGUAGAGAGGAGUAACAAAAUGGAAAAGUGCAAACAUUUCCAGCCGAAGACUCAACUUUCUCAAGAGCUCUCAGGUCAUCCUCCCCUUCAUCUUCAUCAUCUUUCACACCAAAAAAAAAGAAAAAAAAGAAAAUGCACGCUUCUACAACUCUUCUUCUUCAUAGCGUUCCUUCUUCAUUGAUCCCGAACACCGAUCCGAAAGCGAUAGAGUUAGGAAUCGGAAAUCUAUUCUUCCGGCAGCAGAGGAUCAUCAAUACGAAAAGACAAAGUAAGAAUAAGUUAUCAGCAUGCAGAGAUUCGCAAGAGUUGGCGGUGACGGACUUCAAUCUGUACGAGCUCCUCGGCAUCGACUCCUCCUCCGACACGAGGGCGAUAAAGGAGGCAUAUAGAGCGCUGCAGAAGCGGUGCCAUCCCGACAUAGCCGGCCCGCCCGGCCACGACAUGGCCAUCGUCCUUAACGAGGCCUAUGCUCUUCUCUCCGACCCCAUCUCCCGCAUGGCUUACGAUAGGGAGGUUGCAAAAGUGGCAGAUCUACAAGGGUACACAGGGAGGCCUAUAUAUUCGAUAUGGUCUGGUCCGGAAAGUGAGGAAAGGGCGGUUUUUGUUGAUGAAGUGAAGUGCGUUGGGUGCUUGAAAUGUGCAUUAUUCGCUCAGAAAACAUUUGCUGUUGAAUCCGUGUACGGAAGAGCUAGAGUGGUGGCUCAAUGGGCUGAUCCCGAGCACAAAAUCAACGAUGCUAUUGCCGCUUGUCCAGUCGACUGCAUCUCAUUUGUGGAGAGAUCCGAGUUGCCUGCCCUUGAAUUCGUAAUGUCUAAGCAGCCCCGCGGCAGUGUUAGAAUCGGUGCAAGCAACACUGCAGGUGUACGGACAGCAGAUGUUUUCGACGAGGUCCACAAAUUCCAGGCUAGGUAUAAAGCUUCUAAACGCCACUCCAAGGAUUCCGAGCCUCAAAAUUCUUCAAGGAUCUCAGCUGUGCAAGCCAUUCAAAUGAUAUCAAACUGGCUCUACUGGCGAUCUCCCACCGGAGAUGCCGCUCCUCUAGCUAUCCGCAACUCGAGACUAGGCACGGGGAAACACGACGCCCAGCCGAGUCUCGAGAAGCUCAAAGCUGCUGCAGCAGUCAGAAAACAGCAAGCAACAACCACUGCUCGGACAUCAGACGAUGAUUACUGGGUGCCGGCAGCCCUCGCGCUACCACAACUGAUCACUCCUGAAUCUCGAGACGAUCGUGCUCCGAGUAGGAAGAAGAAGCGAGCAAGUGAUGCUGACAAAUCGUUGAAUAGAAAGAAGGAUUCGAGCAUCCCUUUUGGUUGGGUUGUGCCAAUAGGAGCAUCGGUUGUUGCUGCUGCAGUUGUAGCCGACCGGUUGCGGCUUGGAGAACCGGCGACCGGUCUGCAAGAACACAUCGGCGGUUCUGUGGCGCUGGCGAUCGUUAAUAGUUGGUGGAUGCAAGUUGGCUUAGCAGGUGUUACGUGGUACCUAAUUGCUGUAUACAUGCUAGAAAUAGUGGAAGCCCUUCGCCGAAAAUAACCACUAUAUCAUACUAACAUAAAUUUAACUACCUUUUAAUCUUCUGUAAAAUAGUACAAACUACCACACUAUAUAUGAUCAACUAUCAUAUCACUGUAUUCUCUACUUAUAGCCAUUAGUGUAUACGGAAAAAAAAUAUGAAUGAAUUGACACCUAUCAUUCCAUGAUUCA